GGAAGACAAGUGGGACGUGUGGGAAGUGAGGGCACCCUUCCAGGACGAAACAUUUUCGUAGAGGUCGAGAACCUGUAUAAUUUUAUAGUACCUCAAACAGGCUUUUUUUUCUUCAUCAACAACUCUUUACCCCUCCUUCUUCACCAUCUCCUCAUCCUCCAUCCCACACCCAGUCAUGCCCGCCAAGAACACCAAUGGAGUCGCUGCAGUGGCCUCAAAGCCUGCAGCUGCAGAUGAAAACGUCUUCCUUUUUAUCCCCAAUCUGAUUGGGUACACACGCAUCAUCCUUGCUGCCGGCUCUUUAUACUACAUGCCUCUGCACCCAAAGACCUGCAUGCUGAUGUACUCUAUCUCGUGCUUACUGGAUGCCGUCGAUGGUCAGGCUGCGAGAUAUUAUGAUCAAUGCAGCAAGUUUGGAGCAGUGCUGGAUAUGGUUACAGACAGAUGCACAACUGCCUGUCUUCUCUGCUACCUCGCGUCCGUUUACAAGCCCUAUGCCCUGAUCUUCCAGUUUCUGAUCGCCUUGGAUGUCAGCAGCCAUUAUAUGCACAUGUACAGUUCUCUCACCUCUGGAGCCUCUAGUCAUAAGAAGAUCUCAGAGUCCAGCAACUUCAUUCUCCGAGCCUACUACAGCAACAACAAUGUCCUAUUUGCGUUUUGCUUCGCCAAUGAACUCUUCUUUGUGAUCCUGUACCUGUUCUCGUUUGGAUUCCAGACCUCGACCCUUGGCAAGGUCCUUCUUUACUCCUUGGCUGCUUUGACUGGACCCAUCUGCCUUGGAAAGCAGAUUAUCAAUUGCAUUCAGUUCGCCAAUGCUAGCAAAAGCCUUGCCCACCUCGACGUUGAGGAGAGAAAGCAGGCCAAGAAGAACUAGACUUCAUUGCAACUUACUUUUCUUUUCUUCCCCCCUCUCUCUCUUACACACUUACACACUUACUCUGUAUUUAUACGUUUCGCGCGAAUACAAUAAACCCAUUGCACAAACUUAAUCGUAUCAGAUCAAGCCAUCUUGCAAAUGUCUCCUUCGGUGUUGA